AUGGUUGAGGAUGUCAACAGCAAUGCGACAAUUGAAACCAUUAGAACGUCUAACGAAGUUGAUAUCAGUGAUGGUCAAUACCUAGUAAAACGAGAAACUAGGAAAGGUGAUGUUAUAUCACCACAUCGAGCGGUACUGACAUUGUCGAAAAGUAUGUUCAAUGCUGGUUGCUUCUCAUUACCAUAUGCUUAUAAACUUGGUGGUUUAUGGGUUUCAUUUGUACUCAGCUUUGUCAUUGCUGGCUUUAAUUGGUACGGAAAUCAUAUCUUAGUUCGGUCCUCGCAACAUUUAGCAAAAAAAUCUGAAAGAUCUUCGUUAGAUUAUGGACAUUUUGCAAAAAAAGUUUGUGAUUACAGCGAUAUACGUUUCCUGCGAAACAACAGUAAAGCAAUUAUGUAUGUGGUGAAUGUAACAAUUUUAUUUUAUCAACUUGGUAUGUGCAGUGUUGCAAUACUGUUCAUCGCCGAUAAUAUGCAACAUCUUUUGGGUGAUUACAUAAAAGGUGGUACAACAAUGAUGGCUACACUUGCUAUUGAUAACGUAUAA